UCCACAGCCGCCGGAUGGGUGGCUGCAGAGCCUCACAAUGACAGAGGAAGCAUGCAGGACACGGAGUCAAAAAAGAGCCUUAGAACGUGAGGUCCCUCACAACGAUGUGGACAGUAAGAAACUGAAAAUGGAGAAAGGACUUUUAGCCACAGAUUUAAAUGCUGAAGGAGACAUGAAAAUCAAAACAGAUCCAGGAGCUGGGAAAGUGCAAGGCUUGUUAAAAAGUGGAGAGGUGAAAGCAACCAUCAAAGUGGAGGUGCAGACUGGAGAUGAGCCUGUGGACAUGAGUACCUCAAAAAGUGAAGUGAAGAGGGAGAAGCGAGUACCCUCCCCGGACGUCAUCGUGCUGUCUGACAACGAACCCUCCAGCCCCAGAAUGAAUGGUUUAACCAAACUGGCAUUGAAAGAGACCAACACAGAGGCACUGAUGAAGAGCAGCCCUGAGGAGCGUGAGAGGAUGAUCAAACAGCUCAAGGAGGAGCUACGGUUAGAGGAAGCCAAGCUGGUCCUGUUGAAAAAGCUACGGCAAAGCCAAAUCCAGAAGGAGGCCACUGCCCAGAAGCCUGCUGGUUCCUCUGGGAGUGCUGUGGCCACCCCUCCGCCCUUGGUGCGGGGACCGCAGAGUGUUCCUGCUGGCAAGCCAACCCUCCAGACCUCCUCUACACGUCUGCCAGGCACUGUUAUCCCUCCUCCCUUGGUCCGUGGAGGGCAGCAGAGUUCUUCCAAGCUAGGAAGCCAGCAGAGCACACAGAUAGUGAUGCCUCCUCUGGUCAGAGGAGCACAGCAAAUCCACAACAUCCGACAGCACUCCAGCACGGGGCCCCCUCCGCUGCUGCUGGCGCCACGCGCCUCGGUCCCCAGCGUCCAGAUCCAGGGGCAGAGAAUCAUCCAGCAGGGCCUGAUCCGUGUGGCCAACGUCCCCAACACCAGCCUGCUGGUCAACAUCCCCCAGGCUUCCCCCACUUCAAUCAAAGGUACAACAGUGACAUCUGCUCAGGCCAACGCCACCACCACCAGCGCCGCUUCCAUCGUCAACUCCAACGAGUCCCCGGCCAGCCGCCAAGCCGCUGCCAAGCUUGCCUUGAGGAAGCAGCUGGAGAAGACACUCUUGGAGAUCCCUCCUCCCAAGCCUCCUGCACCAGAGAUGAACUUCCUGCCCAGUGCAGCUAACAAUGAAUUUAUUUACUUAGUUGGGUUGGAAGAAGUUGUGCAGAAUUUGCUGGAGACUCAAGGUAAAGUCUCGGUGGCUGUCUCCUCCCGGGAGCCCUACCUGUGUGCUCAGUGUAAGACUGACUUCACCUGCCGCUGGAGGGAGGAGAAGAAUGGCACCAUCAUGUGUGAGACCUGCAUGACCUCCAACCAGAAGAAGGCCCUGAAGGCCGAGCACACGAACCGGCUGAAGGCUGCCUUCGUCAAAGCGCUGCAGCAGGAGCAGGAGAUCGAGCAGAGGAUACUGCAGCAGGCUGCAUCCCCUGGGCAGACCAAGGCAGACUCCAUCGUGCAGCACCAUUCCCUCAAACAGAGUUCCAGCCAGAUGUCUCGAGGUCCUGGAGCUCCCCGAGGGGUGCUGCAUGCAUUUAGCCAGUCCCCCAAGUUGCAGAAUGCCUCUGCAGCAGGCCUGGGGAGCAGGCCAGGGAAGCAUGGUGAGAGAGCUGUCAGCAAGGGCAGUGCUGCUGCCUGGAAGAAGACUCCCAUCAGCACAGGUGGGGCUUUGCCCUUUGUCAAUCCCAGCCUAGCUGUCCACAAAUCCUCCUCGGCCGUCGACCGCCAACGCGAGUACCUCCUGGAUAUGAUCCCUCCCCGCUCCAUCCCACAGUCUGCCACGUGGAAAUAAUGCAGAGGAACACCCCAGAGGAGGAAGACUUUCCUGUUUCUGCCAUC